GUUUAGUCGGGUUGAUAAUAUUCUGAUGGACCCACCUACCAGCAAACAGACGCGGUGCUGGCUGACUUCGUUCGCAUCCAUAACAUCACCCAACUGAAGAGGCUCAACACCCAUGCUUUGGCCUCAGACCUGGCCCCGCCGACAGCGUCCCAGUUUUAAUCUCUAUGCACUGAUCGAGUCGGCUAAGUCCCAGAACCUGAGAAUCAUUGAAUCGAUUGGUUCCUGGUCAGAUAUUGAGCGUCGGGACUUCAAAUUCGUCGUGUCCAUGUACGCUCACGCUACCCUGGUCUAUAUCUCCCAGGCACUAUCGGGCCUCUCUGGGGCUGAAGCUUAUAAGGACUACUCGUGUAGUCGCAUCUUAGAUUGCUUGCAACAGCUUACCUACACGCGCAACAGAUCACGCUCUACCCAGGAUCUCGUCUGACCACUUUUUAUCGCCGGAACAGAGCUUCGUGGUGAUCAAGCCGGUCAGAAGGUCAUCGAGAAAGGCUUUGCGACCGUGAAAAAUAGUAGUCGGGCUUUGGACAGGUCUCAGAUUCCCAGAUUUCUAGGUUCUCGUGGGAUUUGGCGGCGGAAGAGGUCGCAUCAUCGGUAGAUUUCGUUCGAGCACAGCCGUCCCAGUGCGGACUUAUAAUUUGGAAACAAUUCGAUAGCAGUAUAUACAUGUGAAGAUGAGGAGGGUUAUCAAUAUCAGAU